AUGGCAGAAAAUACUCGCUCCAAAAGUAAUAAACGAUCAAGCCAGAAAACACAAUUUGAGAACUAUACUAAUAAUCUAUCAGACAAAGAAAUGGUCGCAGAAACUUAUAAAGCUAAAGAAAAAGCUUCGUCGUUGUCUCAAGCAACGAAAAAAUUAAAAAAAGCUGAAGCCUCUUCUUCACUAUCGUCUCCAAAUAACAAUGAUAAUAAUAUGAUCAUAGACGAUAAAAACGAAAUGGAACACCCAAUUUCUUCUGAACCUAACGUCUCAUCACGUGACGCAUCUACAAACGUUUCGCAAACACCAAUCACUAAUAGCCAAGAUGCAAUGGACACAGAUCUACCAGAAAACAAUUCAGAUAAAGGAAUUACACAAGGAUCUGCAGAUACACAAAUUACAUCUGAUACAAACAAUGAUGUAAACUCACAUAACUUAGAAAUUUUUAAGGAAUAUAACUCACGUUCAGACAGUCAAUAUAUAUUAUUUUUCAUGAGAGACCAAUUUGAUAAAGAAAAAUCAAACAACGAAAUUCUCAAUGACCUAAAAAAUGCAUUUUUAAUGGAAAAGGACGUAAUCGAAUACAAAAUCAACAAAAAAGCCACAAUUGAAUUUUACACUAUUCUUAUUGGUACAGAAGAAACGUUCAACAAAAUUAAAGAUAAACCUGUACCAUUGUUGAACAAUACUGCGCCAAAAAUUUAUUCCCGCGAUGCUAUAGACAACCUGAUUAAUCACGAUAUUAACAAUUUAAGAGCACGCUCAGUCAAUCUUUUAAACGUGCCAAUCAACUAUGAUAUAAAUCUUUUAAUCAAACAUAUAGCUAACUUUACCAGCAGCGCCAUUGACAUUACGCUUACAUUCAAUAAACCAAAUGCAGUAGAAUACUUAUUAUCACAACACAAAUGGGGCAUUUUAAUAGAAAACUUUCUCAUUAGAAUUGUACCUAUAGACGAACAACAACAUAAUUUUAAAAAUAGAACAACCCCUACUGAAACAGAUUACACAAUUAUCCCACAUAAUAAAGAAAGAAAAUAUAGGAAAAAAUUCUUGAAAAGACAAAACUCCUAUACUCUUAACGAUAAUGUUAAAUUAUCUUAUGAUCAAAUCAAACCAUUAAUGUUUUCACAACGCAACCGUCCUAAUCCACAUGGUCGUCAUAACACAAGACCACCACCCAACCAGGGUUACCAAACUAAAGCACCUAAUAAUUCUACUUUUACUCCUCGUGAUAAACGCCAUAAUCGUGGUCCCGCAUCUCGUUCCACGUUUAUUCCAGAUAAUGAUAUGAAUAACUGGGAUGUUAAUCCAAAUAACGCUAAUGCCAACAAACCCACAAUCAAAGGUAAACAAAGGGCAUCAGACAACUCUAACAACGAUGAACUGCUUAAUAGAAUCGUUCAUUUAGAAACAAUUAUUAAAGAUCUCAGCUCAGAAAUAAUGGGAUUAAAAAUCACAGAUAAACAGCAUAAAAAAGACAUUAUUUUCUUGAAGGAACAAGAAACGCGACAUGCGAACAAUAUGGAAAAACUCAAUCAACAUUUAACAACGAUCAAUGAAAAUAUGGCUAAACAAGCCGCUACAAUUAGUGGUGUGCCAAAAAUAGUAACCUUCCUAGAAAACCUGGAACAAAAUGGAUUCUUCUCACAAUUUAACGAUAACAACCAAGCGUAUGGAUCAAACAACUACAGUUAUCCUCCUCAUGAUGAAUUCGUCACUGAAGAACACCUGCAAGAAGAAUAUAAUGAUUCACAGAGCGGAUACGAAUCAUCUAGCACAGUUGAAACUCAUAACGUAUUCCUGGAUACGGACUAUACGCCCUCAAGACCCACAGGAGGUUAUCCCACUAUCACUUCUUCCAUUAGUAAUAAAUUUGAUAAUAUAGAUGAUUCUUCACAUAAUUCAGGCGUUCCCGAUUGUUUUGAUUGGAUACACGAUAUCAAACAAUUUACAUUUGCUAGCCAUAAUAUUCAAGGAGGCUCAAAAAAGAAAUGA